GGUGGCCGUGUAUACAGGGCAACACGGCCCGGAGUGCUCCGUCACGACAGGAGCCGGGAAUUCGACUCCGAGGACUCAGUUCGGAAGUCCUCUCCUUCUCAGCCGCAAUGCCCAUCCUCGGGUCGCUCCUCCGCUCUUACUUGCAGCCGGCGACUGAUGGCGGCAACAAGACGGCGCGAGCAACCACAGCAUCAUCUCCCGUGCCGGCAGCACAGCCAGUGUCGCCAGCGCCCGCCUCAGUACCAUCAGCACCGGCAUACCAACAAAACCCCUUACCAUCACCGACAGCCCAGCAACCCGAGGAGCCUAACGACUUCUUUUCCAGGCGCUCCUGUCGCCAAUUCGGCCUCUUCUUCAGUGGUGCCGUCUUUCUCUACUCUUCUGUCAUGAUUACCAGGCGGGCCAUCCGGCGGCACCGGGUCGCCUCGCGGAUGCAGUUCUACCAGCCGAACCAGUUCAACGGCCGCACCCACCACGACGCGCCACAGCGGAGCCCGCUGCUCGCGUUCGAGGCGCUGAAUCUGGCGACGCUGAACACCAUGGCGUUUGCCGUCAUGAUGGUGGGCGGUGUGUGCUGGGCGUUUGACAUCUCCACCCUUGAAGAUCUGAGGAGGAAAACGAGGGCGUCGAUUGAGGCAACGCCCGGCGGGACGCUCGACGAGAUGGCCGAAAAGGAGGUUGUCGAGUGGGUUGCCAAGACUCUGAAGAUUGACCUUCAAAGUGAGAAGGAGAAGCCGCCGCCUGACUCGGAGGGGAAGCGGUGAUCAUCGGCUACUGGGUUGCAUGGUUCUUUUACAGUAGAAGGAAUUGGCGAUCCUGCGAGAAUGUAUUUGCUGACAAGUGGCCACCAAAUCCAAGAGCCUCAGCCGAAGGCUGACUGAAUGCUCGCUGUUGGCAGGGGUCUA